CUCAGUUAGGGUUUUGAGGCUUCUUUUAUUCUCAGAAACAAAGUGGCGGAGGAGGGUUAGCUCCAGAGGCGGAAGAAGAAGAAGGAGAAGAAGAUUAGGUUAAACCUAAUUUACAGUCGAAGAACUCAAUCAUGGCGAGGGGAUUGAAGAAGCAUUUGAAGAGGCUUAAUGCCCCAAAGCAUUGGAUGCUCGAUAAACUUGGAGGCGCAUUUGCUCCCAAGCCAUCAUCAGGUCCACACAAAUCUAGGGAAUGUCUACCCUUGAUUCUUAUCCUGCGAAACAGAUUGAAGUACGCCCUUACCUACCGCGAGGUUAUUGCUAUUUUGAUGCAAAGGCACAUUCUUGUUGACGGGAAAGUGCGAACAGACAAGACCUAUCCAUCUGGAUUCAUGGAUGUUAUAUCGAUUCCCAAGACAAACGAGAACUUCCGUCUUCUGUAUGACACCAAGGGUCGCUUCCGUCUCCACUCGAUCAAGGAUGAAGAAGCUAAGUUCAAGUUAUGCAAGGUUAGAAAUGUACACUUUGGAAGUAAGGGUAUCCCAUACAUUAACACCUUCGAUGGUCGCACCAUCCGUUACCCUGACCCUCUCAUCAAGGCUAAUGACACCAUCAAGCUAGAUCUCGAGAGCAACAAGAUUGUGGAUUUUAUCAAGUUUGAUAUUGGUAAUGUCGUCAUGGUUACUGGAGGUAGAAACAGAGGCCGUGUUGGUGUUAUCAAGAACAGAGAAAAGCAUAAGGGAAGUUUCGAUACCCUUCACAUCCAGGACUCUACAGGCCAUGAAUUUGCCACCCGUCUGGCCAAUGUGUUCACCAUUGGUAAGGGUACCAAGCCAUGGGUUUCACUCCCCAAGGGCAAGGGUAUCAAGUUGUCUAUCAUAGAAGAAGCAAGAAAGAGACUUGCUGCUCAAGGAGCUGCAACCGCUUAAAGCUCAUGGAAGGUGUCAGCCAUCAUGAGGUGUAAUGUUUUGAGGCUUAUUUAGUGAAUCUUAGCUUAAAAAAAAACAAUUGCUGUUUUAGUUUAUCCCUACUUUAUUGAACAAAAUUUUGAAGCUAACUCUGCUUUGCUGAGGAUGUUAUAGUUUGAUCUGCUUUCUUUAGUGUCAUUUACUCUUUUUCUGAUGUUAA